AUGCCCGAAGAUCGUCAGCCUGUAGAAAUAAUCCUUGGAACCCAUACGAUUGGAGACUCUUCGGCUCUGCCUGGAGUCAUACACUUCGACGAUGUAAAAGACGUCCAAGCCGUACUGGACUCAUUUUACAACCGUGGCUUUAGAACCAUCGACACUGCGCGGAACUACACUGGCUCCGAGGACCGUCUCGGCAAGGCCGGCGCCGCCUCGCGCUUCACCAUUCACACCAAAGUCCUCGACGGGCCUCCCGGCUCCCACGAGCCUGCCAAGCUCGAAGCAAGUAUCGACAAGUCACUCGCCGAUCUUCGGACCUCCUCUGUCGAGACCAUGUUCCUGCACGUGCCUGACCGCCAGACGCCCUUCGAGGACGUGGCCGAAGCGAUGGACAAGGCUUUCCGGCAGGGCAAGUUUAAGAAUUUCGGGCUCUCGAAUUACUCCCCGGCCGAAGUGCAGCAGUUCAUCGACAUUUGCGAGGAAAAGGGCUUUGUGAAGCCCAGCAUAUACGAGGGACACUAUAAUGCUAUUGUGAGGGGUGGUGAGAAGGAAUUGAUCCCGCUCCUCCGCAAGCAUAACAUGGCCUUCUUCGCUUACAGCCCUGCAGCAGGUGGCCUUUUUACAGGUAAUGCUGGUAAUUCGACCGCCUCCAAGCGGUGGAGCAAGGACAAUAUCAUCGGGAAGGUGUAUAGUGACACGUACGGCAAGCCAACUGUUGAAGACACCGUUGCUGCUGUUCGCCAAGCGGCAGAGAAGUAUGAUGUUACUGGACAUGCAGCUGCGCUGCGAUGGACAGCGUUCCACUCCAUCUUGGAUGGGAAAUAUGGCGACGCCGUUAUAUUCGGAGCCCGCAACAUGGAGCAGCUCGAGCAGUCUCUCGAGGCCUUUGAGGCCGGGAGGCUUCCAGCAGAGCUUGCCGACGCAAUAUCCGCGGUUUACAAGGCAGUGGAGGGCGAAGAUGAGCCUCCCUUUCACCUGUAG